UGAGAUCAGUGCCUGUAACACGCAUCCAGGACAGCAGGAGUGCUUUUGCAUGCAAGUACCAGACCUGUUCUCCUUAAAAACAACCUAGAAUAGCUGCAAGCAAACGUCUCAACAGGAUUUUGUUACGUUUACAGCCGCAGCGAGUGUUCAUUUUUAAGCUGCUCUCGGUGGAACGCAGGGAUUACACACGGAAUCUUUCCCGGUGCCGCCCCGCCGCUAUGGCGGCUCGUCCGCUCAGGGGGAUGCUCGGGAGGAUGCUCGGAGGGAUGCUCAGGGGGAUGCUCGGAGGGAUGCUCGGAGGGAUGCUCGGGAGGAUGCUCGGGAGCGGCCGCCCGCUCCUCCCGCUGCCGAGCGCCGCCCGCGCUGCGCACAGAGACACAGACACAGACCCCCUCACUAAACAAGCUCAAGCAGCUGCUGCUACAGACUGGAAAAAGAAACUGACUCCGGAGCAAUUCUAUGUCACGCGAGAAAAAGGAACAGAACCGCCAUUCAGUGGGAUCUACCUGAAUAACACAGAAUCAGGAAUAUACUGCUGUGUGUGCUGCAAUGCCCCCCUCUUCAGCUCAGAGAAGAAAUACAAUUCUGGGACUGGAUGGCCAUCUUUUUCUGAGGCUUAUGGUACUUGUGGCAGAGAUGAAAGUAACACCAAUAUCGUGAGACAACCAGACAACUCACUGGGGUCAAGAAGAACUGAAGUUGUCUGCAAACAGUGUGACGCCCAUCUAGGCCAUGUGUUUGAUGAUGGACCCACACCUUCUGGGCAGAGAUUCUGUAUCAACAGCAUUUCAUUGAACUUUAAACCAGGCUCUGGUCACUGA